AUGGCCUUCGGCUUCGGGUCGUCUAUCCCUGCUGGAGGGAGCGCGUCUAUGGAGCUUGGGCCGGAGGUCCCAGAAGUCUUCACGGAUCAUAUUGGCUUCAAAGGUGUUCAUGGCGAUGCUAACGUCCGUCUCCUCUCCACCCCUUGGCCCGAAGAUGCCCUCCCCUCCCCAACCACAUCUCUCCUAGCUGUCGCGCAGAGCAAAGGAGUCCUUGUUGGUGCAGGUCCCGAUGCUCUCGUUGUCGCUAGCACCGAAGCGGUGCGAAAAGCUAUCGAAGCUCCAACGGGAGAGGAGAAAAUAAAAACCAAACCAUUCCAACCACAAGCCACCAUCCCUCUGCCUGCGCGCCCAACACAUGUGGCAUUUACCGCAAGCGAGGACGCAUUGAUUGUGGCCACAGAAAAUGGUUCUCAACUGUCGAUUUUUGAGACGAACAGCCUUUCGCAAUCGAAUGCGCAACCGGCCCUUUCUGUUUCAACAAAUGGCGUCACGAUUCGAUCUCUCGCGCCAAACCCGGAUCCUACUUCAACCUUUGUUGCCUUGGUUACCAUUAAUGGUGAACUACUCAUUGCAGACUUGAAGAGUGGUAAUAUUGUCUCUAAUGCCAACGGCCCUUUUCUCAGGACUGGCGUUAGCACUGUCGGGUGGAGCAACAAGGGAAAGCAACUCGUGGCUGGUAUGGCCGAUGGAACAGCGGAACAAAUGACACCGGAUGGAACGAAAAAGGACCAUAUUCCUCGCCCAUCUGACUUGGAAGGGGAGUGCCAUGUUUCCUCCAUCGCAUGGCUUGAGAAUGACAUCUUUUGCAUGGUGUAUACCCCGAAUGCCCCAGAGGACGAUUAUGGUAUCCCGGCCUCAUCUUACUACAUUAUCACAAGACGGAAACAGGCUCCUUUCUUAAUCCAGAAAAUGUCGGAAAUUUGUUCGCCGAUUGGCUUCAACAUGAAGCGUUCGCCCGCCUACCAGUUUAUCGUGCGGCUACGAGACUACAAGCCACAUAUGAAAGACGUUCUGAUCGUCUCUUCUACCUGCUCCUCAGAUAUCGGUCUUAUCGCGCGAUCGGAACAACCAUUGGCGAGUGAUGAGACCGCCAUGGGCCUUGCUGGGCAUUUCGCCCCGACAGGUGUUGACGAUGAUAUCAAAAGAGCAUCAGUUCCCUUAAAGGAUGAUCUUGGAGAAACUUCUGUGAUCGGCAUGGCCCCUUAUUUUUGCUCCAAUGGCAAUGUUAUCGCACCCAUUGUGGGCGACGACGACAUCCAAGAGAGCUCGACACCCCUGCCAGGCUUGCUUCUCCUAAAUAAUGAUGGGAUUCUUUCCUCCUGGUGGUUCAUCUAUAAUGACGCUAUUCGCCAAAACGUUCCUUACUCGGGCCUUGUCUCGGGCAGUCAGAUUGCGCAGCAGCCGGCUGGACCCUCCCCUGCUCUUGCUGCCGCUCCCGCUCAGCAACAAGCCACAUUUGGCCAAUCUUCCUUUGGCAGCGCUUCUCCUUUCGGUUCUUCGACCUUUGGAAAGCCCUCAGGUGGCCCAUCCUUUGGUAGCCCCUCUCCGAUGGGAGCUGCGGCAUUCGGAAAGCCCUCUGCACCCUCGUUUGGAAGCCCCUCAACUCUGGGUGGCGGUGCAGCUCCUUCAUUUGGAAAACCAUCCACUCCAGGCCCAGCUUUUGGAGCUCCUUCACAGCCGGGAUCCGGAUUUGGUGCCGUGGGAUCGACCUUCGGACAGCCUAGCACUCCAGGAAAAAGCCUUCUGGGACCUGGAACUGGCACUACAGGAGGCGGCUUCAGCUCUUUCUCUCGUGGUGGUGGGUUCGGUGGCUUUGCAGCCGCUAAGCCCGGCGAGUCACCGUUUGCAAAGGCAUCAGGUGAAAGUGCAUUUACAAAGGCAUCAACCUCUUCACCUUUUGGAUCCAAACUCGAUACCGAAACCGCCUUUGCGCCACCAAAAUCCAAUGAAAUUAAGAAUCCGUUUGGUUCUGGUGCAAGCGGGUUCUCCCUGGGUUCCACUUUUAAGGCUGACAGUACGGCAGCCAAAGAUGAACCAAAAUCUGACAAGCCAUCAUCGGGCGCCUUUUUUGGCGGUUCGUUCGACGAAAUGGUCACUAGUAAGCCAGAGACACCCGGAGAAACCAUGGAUGACACGGAGGAUAAGCCUGCUCCCGAGCAGCCCCAGAAGACUCAGCCAACAUCCAUUUUCGGAGCGCCAAUCAAGUCAACAACUCAGACUUCGUCCUUGUUCGGCUCGAAACCAAUCCAGCCAGCACAACCUCAACCUUUUGUCGAAACGAGUAAACCAUCAACCUUUUCAAUCUUUGGCAACAGUACCACGACUUCUACUGCUCAGUCAAGUUUUCAAACCAAUACGUCUCAGAAUCAGGUAACAAGCCCUCUUUCAGCACCUUCAGAUAAAACCGAGACACCAAAGAGGGAACCAUCUGUUUCUACACCGACUCUGUCCUCACUUGAGGCUCCGUUGCCCCCGGAUUCCAUGAGCAGAGCAAGUUAUGCACCUGGUGACACCUCAGCUUCGUCUAAUGUAUCGAAGAGCUCUGUCGAUGACGCACCUUUGCCUCCAGACUUCACUACUGCAACAAAGCCUACUCCAAAGUCUGACGAUGUGCCCCCUCCCUCACCUUUCUUUAUUGAGAAGCAAUCCACUCCGAAGCUUGACGGUUCUCCUCGGACUUCAGACUUCAUCUCUAAGCCGAAAAAGACCGACAGCCAACCACCCGUUAUCGAAGACGCUCCCUUGCCUCCUGACCCAAGCAUCACAAAGAUCAAGUCUGAACCCGAGGAGGAGACUGUUUCGCUUCCCGAAAUAUCUAAUGCCGGGUCUGAUGCCGAUCAGGAUGCAGAUGAGUCAGAUUUCAGCGAUAGUGGCGAGGAGAUCACGCGCGAUGAAACAAAAAUUCCGAGUCCCAAGCCCUCCGCGGAAAGCUCGUUCGGUGGCUUCUCUGACAAAAGCUCCACGGGAGGCAUCUUCAGUGGAGUUUCGAAAACUGCCCCGAAGCAAACGCAAGGGCAGCCGCCUCGCCAAUUGUUUGGAGAGAUUCCAAAGCAGCCUCUUCUUCCCCCUCCUGGUCCAGCUGCUCGGAAUGGGCGCGAGCCUUACCGGUCCCCAAGUCCUACCCGUGUUCAAUCACAGAAGAGCACUAUGUUAUCUCGCAAUAUAAACCGAGAGCCUGGCAGCGCUUUGGCUUCUCGAAAGGCAUCCCUGACUCAGAUUGCUCAGCGUGACGGCCAGUUGCGGAAAGUCAGUGAUUCUACUAGCUGGCAAGAGCAAGCUCAUGCCUCAGUUGCCGCUCAGCGCCAGGAGGAGGAAAUUCUCUCUUUGUCAGAUGAUGACGAGGAUGAGAGACUUCGUGCCGAUCUUGCUCGCCCAGCUGAGCCCGCUGCCACACUUGAUCCAUUCCUGCCGCACCAGAACUACACCGGAGAGACUGCUAAGCCAGGAAUUCCCGGCAUGAUUGAACGCCUAUACCGCGAUAUUAACUCCAUGGUUGAUACGCUUGGCGUCAAUGCUCGCUCUCUGGAAUCAUAUCUCCUUUACCAGCAGCCCCCCAAGAAAUCGGAUGCAACUCAAUGGGUGACCAUCCUAAAGGGCGAACAGCCUGACGAUGUACUUGAUAAGGAAAUGUUUCUGCAGGACAUUGCCAAUCUCGAAGAUGUUGUUACUGCCCUUUCCCUUUCUCUUAAUGAAGAGCGCCUUCAAUCGGUCGAAGACAAGUUAGACCAAUGUCGUGAGCUGCUCACAAAAGAGAUCGUGACUUUACGUGGUCAAUGCGCCAGCAUUCGAAAGACCCUCGAUGCGCACACUGAUACGGGAGCGAUUCUCUCGGCACCGCUUUCCGCCGAACAGGCUACUCUCCAACAUGAUCUGCGAACUGCCUUCACCACCAUCCAGGCCAAGAUGGCUGAUCUCGAGCAAGGGGUCUCAAUGUUGCGUGCUAAGCUCGCCGAUGUCCCACGCCCUGAUGGAGCAGCCAGUACCUCUCGGAAGCGACCCACUGUAGAAGCUGUCACCUCAACCAUUGCCACUAUGAUGAGUAUGGCAGAGAGCAAGAGCAGUGAUAUCGAUUUGCUUGAGGCUCAAAUGCGCAAGCUCGGUGUCGACGUUUCCUCGACAGUUCCUGCCAGCCGCGAAAAUUCGCCCUUCACUACCCCCCGCAAGAAUGCCGGGCGCUUCCCAACCACCCCCGGCUCUCGCGGCUCUAUUGACAAUAGUGCUUACCACACUCCCGAGUCUGCAUCGCGCGGCGGCAAUUUCCGGGCCAGCAUUACCGGCUCCGCGAAGCACAGUCGCCUGCGUUCCGUUGACAUCGCCGGGCCUGUGGUCGUGCGCGAGGAUACCUCCCAAUGGAAGGCUAAGACCGAACGUCGCAAGCACCUGGUAGGCAACCUGAAGAGCGCAUUCGAGAAGCGAAAAGUCAAAGUACGUGGAAUGGAUGAUCUCUAG